AUGCUUGAGAAACAUGCAAUGGAACCGCCUCGUAAACAAAAUCCCUGUGAUAUUCAAUUUAUUCCUCAGUUGGUUAGUAUUCAGUGCUUGAGAAUGGUACUACAGCGACUAAAGUUAUGGAUUCGUGGGAGUGAAGAUACCUCCGAAGGACCGACGCAUUUUAACACCAUCGAUUUUGAUAAGGGAUUUUCAGAAGAUGUAUAUCUACCCGACGACGAGGUCAGGAAUAUACACGACAGGAUUAGAAGAUGUUUAGAUGAUGAAGAGACCGGAAAUAACCAGGAAGUAGAUGGAACGCUUCGUCUGAUGCGUGAUGAGACAGAAAGAUGGUACUCUGAAUCCAAAAAUGAGACUUUCGAGCCUGAUCUUGCGCCAACCAACAUUGUAAACGAGAAGUACACCGAUCGAGAAUGCGACGGUGAUAUAAACGAGUUGGUGGGAUACUGCCUUUGUUUGGAGCGCAACAAUGCUUAUUUGCUUCAGCUAAUUGAGAAGUACGAACAAGUGAGCUUCAAAAAGAGAUACGAUGAACUAUUAACAUCGAACUUCAAGUUGCAGAAGGAAUACACCCGGUUAAAAUCGUCCAACAGCAAAAUAUACGCCAGCUACUGCGAUAUUUUAGAAGAGAUCAAAAAGGUCAAGUUAGACAAUGGUGACUUGAAGAAAAAAGUCAGCCAGGCAAGAGAAGAGUUCAAGGCCAAAAAGACAGAAACUCAGAAAACAGAAGAAGAAGUGAAGAAACUCAGGACCAUCAAUGACAGCAACAAUCACAAGUUAAGCGAGCUGCGAAAAAACUCAGUCACCUUACAACGACAUAUUAUGGAAAAGGAGAAUGAGAUAGCCAAGCUAAAGGGCAUCAAUAUUGCCACCAAACUGAAGUUGGAAAGAGCUGAGAAUCUUGUCUUGAAAGGUCAAGGUAACAAUGAUACGGAGCCUAAGUACACUAAGGAACAGAAACGGGAAGUGGAGCCCGGUGUCGAAGAGGAGCAGCCGGUGACGGAUAGCGGAAACGGGGCAGCAGUAAAGCCUGACGAGAAGGAGAAUUACAACAGCGAGCGAACAAGCCAGGAUGCCAAAGAGGACGACUUAGAGGAGCAGGACACAAUUGCUCUACUUUUGCAAAAAUACCAGAAUAAAACUUUUGUAACUUAG